UGAUGGGAUUGGACUUUGUUCUUAUCUGGCACGAAAGCUGAGUGAAUACGUUACCCGGUCCACCGGUUUAUAAGUCAUCCCCUUAAACCUCACCCGGGAGGGAAGAGGGGGGAGGAGGAAAAGGGAUGACUGAGAAAGAAGGGGAGAAAGAAGCAACAGGAGAACAAAGAACCAAAAGACGCAAAGACUUAAAGUGGAACUCUGGGGAUUUCCAACAUUACUACAACAUAUUCAUCAGAUUAAUAGUGGUGCCGUCCAGCAGCUGCAGGGAUGUGGAUGGAUACCAAACCAGAGGCGGAGGAGGCCAGCAGGAGCCGUGCCAGUCUCAGUCGGCGUGUGUUAAACGGUCUGCUGUUGUGUACUGGGGACAUGGAGCACUUGGAUAAGUACAUGCAGGACAAGUUGUUUGUGCUGCAGAUGGCGGUGUGGGGCUUAAGAGGGGUGGCCAGGGUCAUUCUAGCAAACAACCCGCUGAGUGGUGCUCUCGUCUUGGCUGCACUGUACUGGGCCUCUCCCUGGCAGGGCCUGCUGGGAACUCUGGGUGUACUGGCCUCUACGCUAACAGCUAUCAUCAUAGGGCAAGACAGUGCUGAGGUAUCGGCGGGUCUCCAUGGUUUUAACGGCAUGUUGGUGUCUCUGCUGAUGGGAGUCUUCAGCUCUGCUGGAGACUGGUACUGGUGGCUGCUACUGCCUGUGUGCUUGGGGUCAGCUACAUGUGUCUUUCUGUUCGGUGGGCUCUCCUCAGUGUUGGACCGCUGGGACUUGCCUGUCGCUGUGUUUCCCUUCAACAUCAUCAUUGUCCUCUACCUUCUUUGUACUGGCCCAGACAACCCCUAUUUCCCGCACCACCCAGCUACACCACCAGGGGCGCUGGUACCAAAUGGCACCGAGCUCAUUGCAGUAGAGGUGAUGCAUGGCAUCCUGCUUGGUGUGGGUCAGAUCUUUGCCUGUGGAGCCCUGGGGCCCUCCCUUCUUAUCCUGGGAGCUGUUCUGCUCUACUCCCCCCUGCUGGCUAUCCAUGCUCUGCUGGGAUCGGCAGUUGGAACAUUGGCUGGUUUAUCCAUGGCAGUGCGUCAUGGUUCUUUGUACUCAGGUUUGUCAGGGUUUAAUGGAGCUCUGGGCUGCAUGGCUGUUGGAGGACUCUUCUUCACCUUCAGCUGGAGGACCCACCUCUUUGCCAUCGCCAGCGCCUUCCUCUCUGCAUAUGCUGACAUUGCUCUGAGCAAUCUGCUGGGAACUGUUGGUCUCCCAGCAUGCAGUUGGGCAGCUACUCUGACAGCCACGCUGAUGUUGCUGCUCACCGGCAGUCUAUCAGCGUACCGCAUCCCUAUUGGUCAGGUCAAGGCCCCUGAACGCAACAUGCGCUCCCGCAGCCAAUGGGAAGCUGGGAACACCGUAGAAAGGGAGAGCACUGACGUGUAACACUAGUUCAAGUUCACACACUCAAGUUCACACACUGAGUACUGUAUCAGUACUUUGAACUUCUGAGUUGGAUAACACUGAUACAUGUUUGAUAUAAACAUGUUAUAAAUUAGGGCUGCAUGAUAUGGUAAAAACAUCGGUUAUUUUGAUAUUGCGAUUCAUGACAAUUUGGGAAUUUUUGCAUCACACAUUGAAUUUUCAUUUUAAAAAAACUAUUAGAAUCCGGAUAAUGUGACAUCUUUGGGGGUCUGUUUUCUUCUUUCUUAAAUCUGGAGAACGAGAUCUGUAAACCAGGGCAGCACUGCAGGACUUCAUUAACAUGCUGUUUUGUCACACAUUCUACCUUUUAUCAAAACAUUACAGCUCUUGCUAUUUGCAUAUUGCACUUGUACUUGUACUUGCACUGGUAUUUCCAUCAUUUUCAAUUAUAGUACAGCCCUAUUACAGAUUUUUAGAUAUACACUCGCAUUUCACAGUAUGUCCACAAGGUGGCAAUGUAUGUUCAGCAAUAAAAUGUUGAAAAUGUGACUGUGUCUGUAUACCAACCAUUUCUAUUAAAUAUAUACAAUUUUCAUCCAAGUUUUAUCCAUGCUUUUUGCCACGUUAUUCGACACAUAAUAUAAAAAAAGCCAAACAGAACAGCCAAUUUAAAGGAAAAGAAAACGUCUUUUAUUUGCCAUGAAAUCCACAAGUCAGUUCAAUAAAAUCAUUCAUUGUUAAAAUGACAGUCUAACUGCUAUUGUCAAUAAAAACACAGACUGAAUUGAACAGUAAUUAUUUUUAACCCCCUCAUUACCCUGCAUAGACAUACUACAUACCACUCCACUGGAACUGAUUGUAAAAACAGACUGUACACGUACCUCAGUGCAGGCAGACAGUGGGACAAUGAGUACACACAGACAAUGUGUUUCUGUAAUCAGCUGCUUAGGCCAGCCAACUGUUAUCAUUAUUGUUAUUAUUAUUAUUAUUAUUAUUAUUAUUAUUAUUAAUACUAAUAAAUUAAAAAACUCUCCAAUGAAAAAGUGAAGGUGUUUAGCUGUGGUUCAUUAUUCAGUCCUUCCAGGAUUAUGCAGCCUUCUUUUUAGGGAUUGAGGCAUAAAAGGCUUGAUUUCACAGCAGAUUUUCAGAAUAAUUGCGAUGCGUGUUGAGCUGUCUUUAGGUUGUUUUUUUGUGUGGGGGGGGAAGUGAAAAUUGGAAAAAUAGUUGUAAUUUAAUUUUGUAUAAUUCAUAAAAAAACAAAGGCAACUUGUUCCAGUGGGAAUAUAAUGGCUCGUAGUUUGGUGACGCGCUAUGAUUGGUGGAACCCGCAGGAAACUACAAAGAUUGGUCACAUUGCUGUUACUGGACAGAAAUGCAAGGUCGGGCAGAAUUCACAAGGAUUGGUUGAGUUUGCGUUAAAUGUUGCGAUCGCAAUUUCCUGGAGGAACUGAUUAUUACACUUUUUCCACAGUGCUUCAAGUUUAUUUUUAUUAUUUUAAUGUACAUUUCCAAUCAACAUCUAUAUUCCCAAACAUAC